AUGGCGGGUGUAAAGGUGCCUCUGUUCUACUUCACCCUGUUUUUCAGGUUUUCAGGUCUACCCAGUGCGGUUCUGUGCCUUGGCAGUGACUCAGAAGGCUCUGCACAUCCCUAUCAGUUAGGCGACGCUGCGGAUUCCCCUAUCGCACAUGGCACAACGGUCACGGAAGCAACGGCAGCAGACAACGAACUGAUCACCAUUCCCCCUGCUACUGGAGUCCCUGUCGGGCCUCCUGCGUCUGAGCACACUACGGUGUCCUUUGAAGAACUCCCGCUCUCCACCGACACCCUUCGGACUCCCAAUGUGGGAUCCAAACCCUCGAGACUGGGUCGCGCUUCUGGAAAAAGAGGCCACCAUCACAAGAGCAGCGCCUCAGAGCCUUCGCUUAAAAGCCGUUCGAAAAGGAAGCGUAUUUCCGCAGCCGUGCAAACUGAGCAGCUGAUAUCAUCUCUGUCCGCAGACGGACAAAAUCGUGAAGUCCCGCUCCCAUCUCAGUGGCUCUACCCGCCGUACGCUGCUGAAAACCGUGAGGAUUUACAGACUGAGGUGUCACAGACAUUUCUGGACUUUGAAAGGCCUGAUCUGGCAUCUGUGCUUCCGUCAGACUCCCCAAUUCUUAGCACAAUAUCUUCGUUGACGUCUUUGUCCCAGUGGCCGUCCUUGCAAACACAGCGGCCUCAGGGGCAUGCUCCUUCGAUGGUCCCUCCUACCUCUUGGGAUCUACCCGAUAUUUCAAAUGUAACGUCCUCCUUCGGGCGCGAAACGGGGUAUGCGGAGGUCAAUCUGAGCAAGAAAGAGGAGCAGUCUACUCGCCACGAGCUGGCGUCAGACGAGUUGGAAACUCUGUUUCGACCAGAGCCCACGAAAAUUCUCGACAUACUUCUCAAACAGGCAGCAGCACAGCAAGAGACCAAAGUGACUCCACCGCCGCCCUCUGAGCUCUCAGACACAGCGAAGCCAGAAACUGCUUUCUCCAACGCGUCUUCCAGUGGUGGGGAUAUGAUGCAGAAUGAUGAGCACGUCAACACUGAGCGACGAAGCAGCUCCUCUCACAAAGGCAGGAGAAGCAAAACGUUAGAUUCCCAUACCCCUCUGGCUACCACAACGGCACGCUAUCCGCGGCUUUCCGCACUGCUGGCGCAAUGGAAGGGGAAAGACAGGAAACACGAGCGCCACACAGAGCCGCACGAAGAUAACCUAACACACGAAGAGGCUGCAGGCGGCCCCCCUGCAGGGAAUCUUUCUCCGCCUACGUCCUCUAUUGCAGUCGUAUCUGCGGAAUCGGAAGAGCAGGAGCCUACGCAGAUUCUUGAAACGCCCGGAGUCACUUCCGGCGGUACCACCGCCGCAGAUCUCUCACCUGAGACUUCGAAGACGGCUUCCGGAGACCAGGCUGAACAGAUAGCCUUGCCGGCGACUCUCGAUGUCUCAGAACUUUCAACAAAGAACGCAACUGACCCGACGUUUUCUGAACUAUCCAGCAGACUUCACCAGUGGAUCGUCGCCGAGCCCGAUGCAGCAGCAUUUCAUCAGAUCACGGAUCCCACGGAAGGCAGGGAAGCCGCGGAGGUGCAGGAGACGCAGGAAAAAACACGGAGCCAGUUUUUUGACUCUGUGAUUUCCCGUGACGAUCUACUGCAGGCGACCCUCGCCGUCUAUCGCGCCCUCUUCCUUCAGCAAGUCCUGGAAAAUCCUGAUCUGGUUCUCAAAAAUCCGAAAGGGCCGCUGGCGCAGAGCCAGCGUUUACAAGAGAGUGGUGACGACUCUGCCGCAGACACGAAUCGAAUGUCUCACGAAGGCUCCGCUCCUACCGAUGAUAAAGACGAUACGGCCUCUAUGGGGGACUCGCACACUGCUUCCUCUUCGACAGCGACAACUCAGACUGCGAGUGGACUUGCCUCUGCAUUCGGACAAAGCCUCCAUGUGGAUACUUCAUUGCCUCAAAAUCCAUACACCGCGGACACUCCGCUCGCCACAGGGCCGGUAGCGCAGACGGGCACCUCAGUCAAGCAGGCCACUCACCUCGCGAGGGCAAACACCGAUGCGUGGUUGCUCUCUUUCGUUUUUCUGCGCUGGUUGGACAUGUGGAGGCGGCAAGUCGCCAUGCUUGAAGAGGCGGCCUCGACGACAGAGCCGAGUUCUCAAAGUGGGGAAAAUGUGCUGCCAGCCGAUCAAGCAGGGGACGGCGAGGCAGCGCGCAACCGAAAGUGA